GUUAGGAAUCAUUCAGCUAUAUAAAUGAUUUAUAGCUUUCGAUGUUAUCAGUCAACUGGAAGAUGUUGGGCGCAGUGAUUUGGGCUUCAGUCCUACUCAGCAUUACACACGGACAGCCAGUUCCUGAUCCACAAUUCAGUUUUCCAUGUCCAUGUCCCUGUCCUGAGCCAAUACCACCAUGCCCUGAGCCGACGCCGCCAUGCCCGCUGCCGUGUCCUGAACCGUGCCCUGACCCUUGCCCCGAACCGUGCCCUGAACCGUGCCCCGAACCGUGCCCCCAGCCCUGCCCUGAUCCUUGCCCGUGUCCGGACCCAUGUUCUGGACCUUGCCCUGGAGAUGUGCAAGAACUCAGACUGUGCAACCCCGGCGUGCCAGAUGUUCGUUAUAUUUAUGGUCAAGCCCCACAAGGUUCCUUGAUUUUCAAGCCAGGACAAAUAAACUUCCCGAAUCCUAGGCCAAUUAUAGUCAAGCCAGGAACAAUCAACCUACCGACUCCACCUCUGAUAUGGGUAAAACCGGCGCAAAUUCAACCACCACAAUUGCGGCCCAUCCGGGUCCAACCUCGGCCAGUACAACCGCCAACCCCACAACCAAUACUUGUCCGUCCAAAACCAGUACAGCCGCCAAGGCCACGACCCAUUAUUGUGAGACCACCACCAGUGACACCACCAAGGCCAAGAAAAAUUAAGGUAACCCCACGAAAGGUACAGCCACCUAUGCCAGAUAUGCUCAUCGUAACGCCACCACGUAUACUGGUGCCACAAUCUCCAACAAUAUGCUUCAGACCAAAUCCUAUAACCUGCUUCAAACCCUGUGGUCUAGCAAGCAUUGGUAUCUACAGACCAGAUUCUCGCAACCCAUGCAAUCCUUGCAAUCCAUGCAACCCGUGCAAUCCGUGCGACCCAUGCAAUCCAUGCGUCCCAUGCAACCCGUGCAAUCCGUGCGACCCAUGCAAUCCAUGCAAUCCAUGCGACCCAUGCAACCCGUGCAAUCCGUGCGACCCAUGCAAUCCAUGCGUCCCAUGCAACCCGUGCAAUCCGUGCGACCCAUGCAACCCUUGCAACUCAUGUUAUUAAUUCAGCACAUCGGAAAAAUAUAGAUAUGUAUUUUAUUAUAUAUUUUAAAGUGUUGUGACUGCAUUUGUAAAUGUUUAAGCUAUUAAAUAAAUACGGGUUACUUGCAUCAA